UGGUGCAGGCUACCCGCAUCUAUCAGCCUGUCGCACCAAUUCUUCUCUUUCACUUCAUCUAUCAAGUAAGAGUGAUAAGCUUUAGCAAAUAAAGUUCAAUAAUUAAUUAAUAUUUUUAUCACGAUUAAAUAGACUAAAAUACGCAGAAAUGAAUUACAUAUUUUUUAACGUGAUUUGAUAAAAAUUUUUAUUCGCAUUCGUCAAAAGUCGAUCAAUACGAGCUUCUUCGCUCUUUAAGUCUUGACUGUACCAACUAGUCCGAGUGUAUUUAUUUCUUAAUGCUUUUUUUUGAAGAUUAUGAAUUAAUUAAAAGUAUGUUGCUGGUGUUAAUAUUCAUCACAAUUUGAUUUUUCAACCACGAAAUUUACAAUGGUAUCAUUAUUAUAGUAAUAAUGAAAUAUUAAUUAUUACUUUUUUAAAUAAAAAAUCAAUGUAGAGAAGUUUAUUUGAUGAUGUAUAUUUUAUGUAAAUCGUAAUCAAUAGUGUAACGUAAAUAGUACCAAUAAUAGUGAAUGUUUGUUCUACCAUUGAAGGUCUCUGCUAAGGUCUGCAAUGAAGGGCAUGCUUGCUCUCCACCAAAAGAGUGCUGUUCGUUGGGCUGUUGUUAUAUGUAUUCACAGCCAACUACACCAGUCACAGAAAUGUUUGCAAUCCUGAUCUGGACUUAUUGGUAUUUAUGGGCGGCUAUAUUAGCAGGAUUGACGUUGGCAGCAGUAUGUGGCUGCUGGUUGUGGCAAAGACGUCGGAUGGGUUCAUCAGAUGAUAGCACUAUAUCAGAUCGAAUGUCAUCGACAUCACGUUAUGCCCCUCCACAUUAUAGUCGAUGUAGCUCGUUUGUUCAAGCACUGCCACCCCCAUACAAUGAGGUGACAGCAAAACCAGAUUUGUAUCCACUAGUAAUUGGUUAUGAUGAAGGAAUGGGAAAAGGUACAUCUGGGUUCGUGAUGCGGUACUUUCGCACGUUAUCACACGCAAGUACUUUGGAUUCACUGAGUUCUAGUUUCAUGUGUAAUGUCGUGAAUGAAGCUAACACAAUCAUUCCACCGCCAUACUCCUGUAACAAUAGCAUUGAUGAAUUAUCAGCAAUGGGAUGCGACAGAGUGGAAAUCGUUGCUGGAGAAUCAGUUGUUUCUCUUUCUCACAAUAGAACAACGUCAGACAUAUCGAGUUUAGCGGCCCAGUCGCCGUGUUCUCCACCUAGAGCUACUAGUCCUACAUUAGAAUUACGAGAAUUACUUGACAAAAUUCAACAAUUACCUAAUGAACACCAAAAUCUAAUAUCUUCUCUUUCAAAUCGGCCGCAAGUACCUCACUCAUUGAACGUGAAUUCAUCAUUCCCUCGACCAUCAAGUCCAAGUGAAUGUGCAUUAACUCGAAUGAGACGCGCACGUGGAAAGAUGUAUAUGCCUUUAGGAUUGCCUAGUUCAAGAAAUAAAACUAAACGAUGGUUAUCUCGAUCAGCCCCUACAACACCUUCGGGAAAUAUCCCAAUGACUUUGUUACCUGGACAAAGUAUGAGGCCUUCGGAAACUGAUAAUUAUAAUCAGCAAGUAGUCCCUCUACUUUCAGAACAAGAGGAAACGGAUACUAACAAUAUUGAAAAUUCUCGUCAUGUAUCAUCAUUCUCAGAGCAUGAAGAAGAAUCUCAACAUUUAUGACAAGAAUGAUAUUAUUGUGAUUUUUAAAAGAACUCUUUUAGUCGACACUCAUAUAAAUGACUGAUUGUCAUUAAUAAUAUGUUUGAAAAAGUGAAAAUCAAUCCUCUGCAUCAGCGAAAUACCAAAAAAGUAAAAUGAAUAUUAAGACUGUUAAUGCUAGAGGAAAAGUAAUUAGUAUUUAUCAGUAUUGAUUUUAAGAAAAAAUUUUUCAUUAAAGUAUUCGUUUUAAAGUAUAAUUAAAAUCCAUGUGUGAUGGAUUUUUAACUGCCCUCCGUUGGUGCCGGAUGAUUUUUUUCAAUAUAACAUUGAAAAGUGACGAUUUAAAAAAAAAACAUUACAUCGCAAAUAAAUAAAUUAAACCAACAUUAGGUUACUCUUGUUAGAAUUUUAGAUUUGCCUUUCAUUAAGAAAUAUUUUGAAUAAUGUAUUCACAUUAAAUACAUCGAAUUACACAAUCAUUGCUUGAAACUAAAAUUAUUCAUUCAUUUUUAUUAAGAUUAAACCAAUGAGAGCACUUUCGAUGUGCUUACGUUCAAUUCGUAUUCAAUUGACAGUUUUCAAAUUUAGUCAGCAUAGUUAUGUAGAAAGAGAAAAAAAAUCCAUCCAUUAAUAGCCACCCGGAGUAAGCGUCAUGGAUUAACGAAAUUUUUAAUGACAAUAUGAAUUGUUAAUGAAAAUAAUUAAUUGUAAAUGACGAGAUUACAUUAGGAAUCAAUGUACAAUAUGAAAUCCGUCAAAAAAUAAUAUUUAAAUAAAAAAAGUGUGUUAGAAAUGGGCAAUAACAUGAUCAAUAGUAAGCACACGUUCAUUUGCCCAAGUGCACAAAUGCGAUAUGUACAGUUAAACCUCUGGAAAAUCAUAUUAAUUGUAUAUCAUGUACAACUCUUUUCCUAGAAUACAUUUUGGAGUUUUUAAAAGGCAUGCCUAAUUAUCAUAUAUAAAAAUCAAUUGAUAUCAAAUGUAUGUUAAAGGAAAACGAUGAAUUAAGAAGAAAAAAAAAGUAAUUUACGAUGUAAUAAUAAACUAAAACACAAGUGAUAAUAGUUAAUUAUUUUUAUUUUAAAAUCUAUUCAUUAAAAAAGAAUGGAAUUUUAUCUUUAGUUUUGUAAACUAUAUUUAAUCAAUAUAUUAUUCAGUCAUUUUAUUCGUGAUUUUAGUAUAAUAGUUAUUUUAAAAAAUAAACUUUAAAUAAAUAAUAAAUUUCUUACUUUACUAUAAGGGAUGAACUUGGAAAGGCUCUACUGUACAUAGAGGAAUAAUAUCUUAAAUAAAUCGUACGAUGCACUAUAAAAAAAAAACGAUAUUCAUACGUACUCAAAUGAAAUAAUAAAUUUUGAAAAUUUAUUCGAAAUUCGGUACGCACAUAAAUAAAGUAAAUUAAUUUUCAGGGGUAGUGAAAGAUUUUAUUGUAACAUAUAAUAUGAAGCGGCCGAUCAUUAUUAUUAUAAAUGUAUAUUAAUCAUAUACAUUACGUAUUGUCAUGUAUUUUUUUAUGAAAUAUAAAUAAAAAUGGA